AUGCGCCUACCAUGGCUGGGUGCUUCUGCGGCUCUGGCCCUUGCUGUGGUCGUCGUCCGCAGCGACGUGCUGUGGAACGGCGGACGCAGCGUGCCGCUGCUGAACUGGUGGCGCGCCAAAGGCUUUGAGCGGCGACAGAUGGAGCAGAUCGACCUUACUGGGAAGGUGGCCUUUGUCACCGGAGCCUCCACAGGUUUGGGCCGCGAAGUGGCCAUGCAGUUGUCCCGUGCCAAUGCCAGCGUCUUGGUCGGCUGUCGCGAUGUCGCGAAGUGUCGUGGAGACUUCGGGGAGAAUGCCAUGCAGUUGGACCUGGCGGAUUUGCAGCAAACCGCCGCAGUGGCGAAGAAAUUGGCGACGCUUCCAGCGCUGCACAUUUUGGUGAACAAUGCCGGUGUUGCCACGCAGUUUCCCUACAACCUCACAGUGGAUGGCGUGGAAACCACGUUUCAGGUGAACUACUUGGGCCAUUUCCUGCUGACUCAGCAGCUGCUGCCGCUGCUCAGUCGAAGUCCCGGAAGUCGCGUGGUGCAUCUGACCUCGGGCGCGCACCGUGCGGCGCCGGUGGAGGGAGUGCCGUUGACCUUGGAAGGCAUCAACGACAAGAACAUGGGACCCUACGUGCGCUAUGGCACGGCCAAGUUGGGCAAUUUGUUGUUGGCCCAGGAAGUGGAUAGGCGUGUGGGCCAUCGUGGCGUUUAUAGCAACGCGGUGCAUCCGGGAGUGGUGGCCAGUGAGAUGCUGAGAUUGCCCAAUUUCCAGGCCAUGCUGGGCCCAUGGCUCGGUCCGGUGGCGUACCAUGCGGCGCAGUGGCGGAAUCGAUUCUUCGCCUACAGCGUGGAAGAGGCGGCUCUAAAUGUCCUAUACUGCGCAGCGUCUCCCGAGAUCGAGGCGCGCGACCUCCGUGGCGCGUUGAUCGUUCCGCUGGCGCAGGUGUGGCCGCCGCGGCAUGCGGCGGCGGAGACGGGACAUGGGCGACGGCUCUGGGAGUUCAGUGAACAGCUUGUGGCCCAAAGUGGCCGACGAAAAGAGAAUCCGCCUUGGGCUGCCUUCGGGGUGACGGCGUGGUUGGCGGCCUUUCGCGCCAAGUACCUCUUCCCCUACUGCGUGGAUCUCAUCUUGGUGGCUUUCGUCCUGCUGUGGCUGGCAAGUGUUUUCGCAGCGGUCUAUGCUCGUUUCCGCAUUGCUGAGCCCACCUGGUACACCUACCUUUGUUGCGCAUUGGGUGUUGCAGUAGUUGCUGGACCACUCUGUGGUGACCACAUCUUUCGUAGUCUGACGCAACACUACUACCGUGUGGGUGAUCUGAAGACCUUGCAUGGUGUGGAUGUCGCAGUGGACAAGGGCGAUGCCAUGUUGGAUGCUGGAAUCGUGGACUUCGCGCAGGGCAACUACCUGGAUGGCAUGAGGGCUUGGCAUUUCAAGCACCACACCGCCUACUGCGUGGCGCCGGUGGUCACCAACCAGACUGCUGGACCUGUCUCGGGGUCCUAUGAUUUCUGGGCCGUUGGCAAGGAUUGCUGCUCUUUAACAUCCUCGGACUUUCGGUGUGGUGCCUGGGGACAUCCACAUGCGGAUCGCGCCAUUCGAGUGCUGGCGGAUCAGGACGUGCCCUUCUAUCGUCUAGCGGUGCAACAGGCUGAAACUUUGUACGGCCUGGUGGCGGCCAACCCAGUCUUCUUCAAGUGGUCCGAUGACCCGGAGUCUGAGGUGGCCACCUGGUUCGCCCAAGCCAUGCGCAAUUUCACCUUUGACCUCACGGUGGCCUUCAUGGUGUCUCUGUUCGCCUUAAGCUGUGCGGCCUACCGAUUUUCGUGGAUGGCGCCAGCGUUGGCCAUGACGGACGAGCUGUUUGUGAGUGGCAAAAGCUACGGGACGGGGCAAGGCAACAACAAUUUGUGCGUCAUGGGCGGAAGCGACGAAUGUGAUCACUCCAAACGCUCCAAAGGACCUUGUGGCAAGUCUAUGGCCGAGCUUACGGUAGAGAUGCUGAAUCACUGA